AUGUCUUCAUACCGCAAAGGCCAUACCGUCGAGUUUCAUUACGAUGUAAGUGGCUGUCCACUGAGUGAGAGUCCAGACAAUCCUAACGAGGGUAUAGAUCUCCUGUCCAUUUGCCUACAUUGCAUCUACCAAGAUCGAAGCUCUCGCCGCCAGGACAGGAGCCAAUCUUGUCUGGAAACCAGUCCUCCUUGGAGCCAUCUACCGCGCCACGAAUGCUCCCCAAGGCGCCGGCGGCUCAGCAUCAGAUGUAUUCAAUUCAACCAAGAAGGCCAUCACUUCGCAAGCGUUCCGGCGAGCAAUCAAGCGCACAGGAAUACCCUACAAUGAACCGCCCAGGCAUCCCCAAAAGACAACGGCACCACUGAGAUUACUGCGUUUCGUACACGAUGAUUCCCGUCCAGCAUUGACUAAAGCACUUUAUCAAGCUUAUUGGGUCGAUGGCAAGAAUGUAAGCGACAAAACAGUCUUGAUUGACGCUGUCAGAAGAUCUGGAAUCCUGGAUCAGGAGCACGCCGUUCGAGCGAUUGAGGACGGCAGCUUUGAAGGCCAACGUCAACGGAGGGAGCUUGAAGUAUCGACCGACAUAGCCGUUCAACGGGGGACACCUGGAGUGCCGGCGUUCUGGAUCGCGGGUGAGGUCUGGACUGACAAGCACGGCGAUAGACGCAAAGGUAGAUUAUACUGGGGGCAAGAUCGGAUGCAUUUCGUUGAAGCUGCGUUGAUGGCUUUGAACGAGGGCAAGGAUGGCGAUUCCUUGGGCAGUAUUAGCAGGCCCUUGCAAAGUCUUGUACUGCGUUCAACCAGAAGAGGCAUACCAGAAGGACAAGAGGUGAAGCUGGAAUUCUGGUACGACUUCAGCAGUCCCUGGGCUUUUCUUGGCUGGACACAGUUGGCGAGAUUGCAACGACAGUUUGGAGAAAGGUUUUUAAUUGAGAUGAAGCCAUUUCUACUGGGUAUAUUGUUCAGAGAGUAUGUCAUCUUCUCUGCGCUGGCUACGCAAAGCUGACAGACGCCACAGAAUCGGUGCGCCCAAUCUACCCACGUCAACUGUCUCGGAGCAAAAGCGAAACUACAACGCUCUCGACCAUGGAGACUGGGUCAGAUGGUGGAAUGCAGUCAACUUGCAAGAUGGGAAACCGGAUCAGGACAUUGCCUUUUACUGGGCUGACAAAUUCCCCAUUCGUACGCCGACUGUCUUGAGAGCUGCAAUUGCGGAACCAAGGCUCGUUGAAGUUCUCUGUGGGUGGUCAACUAUACUGCAACGAAGCAGCUCUUGCUAAUCCAUUCCAGACCGCGCUUGCUGGGAACGUAAUCUCGAUAUGUCCAGCGACGAAGUCCUGGCCAAGGUUAUCGACGAGGCUGGCUAUAACUCCAAGAGCAUCCUUACCCGAGCAAACUCGCCAGAGAUUAAGCAAGAUCUCCGAACUCGCACCGCAGAAGCGAAAGAAGCUGGUAUCUGUGGCGUACCCACAUACCGCGUUUUUCGAAGAAAGGCAGGCUCCAGUGACGUCUGGCAGCAGGUUGGCGAUCUCGUAUGGGGACAAGACGAGGUCUCUGUUGUAGAAGAUGUCAUUGCUGGGUGGGAUGGUGAUGGUAUCGCGACUGUCGAUGAAGAAGACAAGCACAGGAGCAAGCUGUGA